UCUGCUUAUGGUGCUGGUUAAUUAUCAUUAUAAGCAGUCAUGAGCAUGAAUAUCCAUAUCGAUUUCCAACAAUAUUCACAAUAUCCUUCAUGCGUUGACCUUUUUAGUUUAUACUGAUCAUAGUGCAAUCAUGUGAUUCCCUUUUAUUACUUCAGCAAUGGCCAAAAAACCAUCAGUGACAAUGAUGAAAGUAUUAAGAUAUAUAUAGUAAUUUAAAAACCCUACAAUAUGCUAUGAUUAUUGUUACAAAGCAUAAUUAAUAUUUGAGUGCUUAUGGAUAUGAUAUAUAAUCUGAUUUUAACGUAUUUGUGUAUGUAUGUAUAUUAUAUGAAGGACGUUUUUAGAAAGUUUUGCCCAAACUUUAUAUUCCAAUGACAUUGUUAUAGUUAGAUGUGACUAUGCAAACACACUCUCUGUGAUUUAUUUACUCAAAAGAGUAACUAUUCUAUAACCAUCAUGUAAAUAACUGCCUCAUGGUCAAACAUAUUUUCUACAGGGUUUUAAAGCCCAGUUAGCAGCAGAGCUGGUCCUAAAACAUACUUACAGUUUAGACUGAGAGGUUCCUCUACUCAAAAAAAGAAAAUAGUACGGUGUGUAAACAGUGGAGUCUACUGUUUAUACACCGUUUUUUUUUUCACCAGCAGCUGCAUUUACAUAAAGAGCAUAAUGUCACCAAACAUCUUAAGAAGGUGUGGACAAAAUAAACUAUUUAAAUCAUGCACUAGCCAUACCACAAUAUUAAAAAACAUGAUAAUACAAAUACAAGUUCUUGCACUCAGAGCUUAACCUUCAAAAAUAAGGAUAGUAGGGGUAUAGUUGAUGCACUAAAUGUUUACUCAGCAGCAGUGCAGUCAAAUGUGGUAUGAGACAAUGGAUUAUCUCUUUAUCAAGACUAACUACAGCAAUGUUUAAGAGUAAAAUAUAUCAGUCUGAAAAGUAAAUAGCAUAUUAAAUGUAUAAAUUCUUGGAAAGCUUCAGUGAAUGUUCCUCACAGUUCAACACAGAGCUUGAAUAAACAUACUUUUUCUACUUAGUUUGCAGUAGCAAAGUAACUUCCUGAGUUUACAGAGUAAACUAUAGUUUUUGUAUUUUUUCCCUGUUGGUUUGAAAACAUUUCCAAAGUUAUAAGCCACAACGUUUUUUUCCUUUCGUUCAACAUUAAGUGAUCAAACCAGUCGAGCAGCUAUGGGAGGCGUGUUAUAGUGAUACUUUGGAUUGUCCUCUCGCGGUGCACUAGAGUGCAAAGGUAUGUGGGUUAUUAUGAGCGGAGGUGGUAAACUUGUUUAUCAAGGCAGAGUCUACUGAGAGCUACAUUACACAAUCAAGGAUCUCUGCCAAACCGACAUAACAAGAACAAUUAAUCAAAUGUAACAAAUUGUUGCCAACAAACCACAUGAAGUGUCAACUGUGGUUAAAAAGCAGCUCUGUUUAUGAAGCUACUUUAACUCAGUGUUCAAGGUGGAGUUACUUUUUAAACAAAGUAGUUGAGGACUUUGAGCUGUCUAUGUUGUUCUGGUUAUAGUGUAAUGAGGAAUUCAGUCAGAGCAGGAAGUCUCAAUAUGAUGUGCUUUUUAACAAGGUGAAGGACUGUGCUGUGACUGAGCAAGAGUGAUAGAGAAAGCGGGAAAGAGAGAAAAAAGGGAGGGAGAAAGGGAGGGACGUACCUUGAAGAAAGACAGUGACGUACUUCAUGAUUCCUUUUUACAAUGACUCAAAUAACACAAGGUGUACAGGUAAUCUGAGGAGAGGAGCGUACUUUCGGUGGUUUAUUAAACUCAGCUGGGACUAAAGGUGAAACCAAUCAAACUCAGCUAACCACGUCUCGAUUCCCUUCAUGCUGAUGUGCAGUUUGAUCAAGAACAUGUUAAAGUUAAAUGGCAUCCUAAAGUCACAAUGAGGAAGAAGACACUGGACUCGUUUAAAAAGGUUGUGAUGUUGCUCCUGGACAGAGAUGUUUGGUGAAAAAUACUGUAGGACUCCAUUGGAGUGUCCUCAGUCAAAAUGCUUCAUACUGGAUGGACCAUUUGGUGCGUUUUACUGACUCUACACAUAUCAGCCUGCCAUCUGGAGAUUUCUGGAUAUGACAGCGACAGAGUCAUUUGCUCCGAGGGUCUCUCUAAUUGCACCAUGAAGGAUGAGAUGCCUUUUAAUGUACAAGAGGAAAAUGCUGUGGUUGUCCAAAACCUGACUCCAUAUUUUAAGCUCUGCUGCAGGGACAGGGCGCCGUGUGUAUUAUGUCUGAUUAUAGAAACAGAGAUCAACAUUCAUCCGGGUGAAGCCCAGGAGGAUGAAGGCCACUCUGGAAAUGGAGAAGAGGAUGAUGGGGAGGAAACAGAGAGGAAUUUUAAAGCGUCUGUGACGGUAUGCUACUGUGCAGCUCCUGCCAUGUCCAUGUGCAAGAAGGUGGAGUUUACGGUUAACCGUGCAGCUCUUUCUCAUGAAAAGCAGUCAAAGAUUUCUGUGGUGAUUAUUGAGCCACUUGGGGUUUCCUUCAGCAGUCGUGUGAUUGUUUAUCCUAAAGCUUCACCUCUGAGACAAGAAGUUUCUGUUCCUUCUCUAGAUGAUGUUUGCACCCAGGAGCAGCAGGAACGUCCAGACGAAUGCCAUGUGCCCAAGCUUAUCAGUGUUAUCAACAAAGAGAUGAAUCGGAUGGAGCUGCAGUUUGAUGGCAGGAAUAAGAGCUUCCCCUCUGUGUGCAUCCAGUAUGAGAAGAAUGGAAGGUGUCAGGGAUGGAACAGGACGACCAUCCCACUGUAUUCUGUGACCCCCUGCAUUUGUCUCCAGGUCUGGGAUGAGGAUGUGGAUGGGCAGAGGUCCAGGCGCUCUCACAGUUGCCCUUUCACUGACACAGAUGUAUUCCAAAGGAACGUAUGGCAGAAUGUGUCAGUGUCUGUGGGCCCGGGUCAGAUGAACAACCUCCGCCCAAUGCUGUGGUGGAACCUGUCCGCACCCUGCAGGCUGGAGGGGGAGGUGUGGCCCUGCAAGAAGGAGAGCAGCUGCAGGGAAAUGAAGGGCUUUAGACAGCAGCUGUCAAAUGGCACAUGGAAACAAAACAGCAAGGGACAGUGGAAGAAAACAGGGGUGUUUGAAGAAAUCAACCUGAAGCUCUCACCAUGUGUGAUGGUGAAGGUAAAGGGAAUGGAUCGGGAGCUGGGUCCAUUCUGUUUUGAAAACACUGACAGGUGGCACUGGAGUCUCCUGAUUGUUGGUAUCAUGCUGCUCCUUUGCUUGACUGUGUUAAUAUCUUCAUAUCUUCUCCGGCAUGACUUUGUGAAGAAAUGGGUGUGGAGCUGGUAUCAUGGCGGAUUUGUACAGAUUGGCAUGAAGUGUCAUGUGGUGUUGCUGAGCCCCCCAGAUGUGGAUGACGGUGUUUCGGAGUCAGUGUGUCGGCUCGGCUCACAGCUCUCUAACCAGGGCUUCAGCGUGUCUGUGGACCAGUGGAGCAGGAAGGAGCAGUGCACUCUGGGGCCUCUGCCAUGGCUGUACUCCCAGCUGCUGGAGCUGAAAAGCCUGGGCGGCCGAAUUGUGAUUGUGUUGACCCACAAAGCCUUAGAGCGAGUAAAAACAUGGACCCACCAGAACCAAGGGGUUAUCAAGAUGAAGAGGGAAGACAUGGGUUUUCCUCAGAAGUCUUCCCCUUACUCUGAUGUGUUCACAGCCUCUCUGUGUCUCAUCCAAGCGGACAAGCAGCUGGGCAGAGCUGCAGAACGUUUUGUUCUUGUGACAUUUGACCCCAAUUCAAGCAUUGACAGGAGUCUACCAGAGCUUCUUCAGGGGCUGCGCCUGUUCCAGCUUCCCUCUCAGACCCAGGCAUUCUUGUCUGAGCUCGCCGUAGUGGGGGCGGGGAAGGGAUCAGGGAAGGGAUCAGGUAAAGACAUGGGCCCUUUCUCAUUUAAUCAAAUCCCCCUCCUCGACUCCUUGACUCCUCGGUCCUCCGGUAGUGACCCGGAAAUGAAUUUUAGUGCGCUAUGUUGAAGGACAUCUCAUUUCUCUAAAUGCACUUCGAGGACCGAGGAUCGAGCGUCGAGGAGGCU